GCCACCCAGGCACCCCUAUAUCUAUAUUUCUUCUAAUAUGUUUAUGAUUUUAGCUCUUACAUUGUCUGUGAUCCAUUUUGGGUUAAUUUUUGUAAAUGAUAUGAGAUAGGAAUCCAACUUCAUCUUUUGGCAUGUGGAAAUCCAGUUUGUCCCAGAACCAUUUGUUAAGAAGACUUUCUUCCCUUUCCCUCCACCCCAUUUGUCCGGGCACCCUUAUCAAAAAGUCAAGUGAAUGUAAAUGUAAGGGUUUAUUUCUAGACUCUCAAUCUUAUUCCAUUUGGGAGCAUAUUUUUCUAAGGGAUUUUUUUUUCCUCGAUCUGUGGUAGCCGGUGAUCUCUCCUCCCCUGGAAGAGAGGUGGAGAUAUUGAGUGAUCUCCCAAGCAGGCUGCAUUUCCUUUGUUGGGUCAGGCAUCCACAGCGCUGUGCACUGGCCUAAUCACAGUGACCUCCUCCUAUAGGAAUCAGAAACCCCUCCAUUGUUUUGAUGGCAGCCAGGAAGCAGCUGACUGACCAAAGGACCUUAUCUCUUUCCUACCUCUCAAGGUUAUUGCAAACAUCAAAUUAGAUAAUUUCCACAAAAGAAUUUAGGAGGUCUAAAGUGCUAUCCAGAUGUAAGGUGUAUUCUUACUAUAGCUCUCCCUCAUGAAUAAGAACCUAAAAACAGAGUGAGAAGUUUUUAACUUUUACUCAUUGGGAUCAAGGCAGUGUCAAUGUUAUUGCAAAUUCCCGAUUAGUGAGGUCUGGCUCUUCCUGUUGUUCUUGUAGGCUGUGAGCCUCCCGCCUGGAAAGUGAAUACGAUUGGUGUUUAUUCCUUUUAUCCACGUCCCCCCUUCCUUGAAUGAGGGCCUACUUUGUGCCAGGCACUGUGCUAAGCUCUAGGAAAACCCGAGAAUAAGGCAGACAGAGUCUCUGUCUCCUGGAGUUGAUGGCGUAGUAGGGAAGCAGCACCCCUCAACAAGCUAUUAUAGUAAAUGUGACCGUUAGAGAGGUGCAGUGACGCCUCCAACCAGCCCUGGUAUCAGUUUGCUCCACGCAAACCACAGGGAUCAGACUGUCUUCCCACCUGUUUACCUUUCUUCUGUGAUUUUUUGGCGAAGCAGAGGCUGCUCCAUGCCGAACCCAGAUGUUCUGUAGACAUCAUCACAAUGCCACACAGACCUGAGAGGGGACCAGCCUGCUCUACCAUCGUCCUAGAUGUGGUUCUCAGGAGCUCUUCAGAGGGCAGCCCUGGCUGAAACCUGCCUCCAUCCUGCCUUCCUGGGGUUUCUUUCCUGAAGACAGAAAAAGGCUCCCUGGUUACAAGCUAAGCCUCCCGCUCUUUUUGCACUGCACCCAUCCUCCUCUCCUCCCCCCUCCUCCAGGGGCUGAAAGGGUGUCGCUCUCACCACCCCACCCCACCCCCACCCCACCCAAGCCUCCGGUGGAGACUCUUCCUUCCCAGAAAACAGCAGCUCACUUGUGUGCCCCAUGGCUCAUUGCCCUCAUAGCAUGGAAAACCAAGCUAUGAGGACCCCCUGAGAGCACCUUCCUCUUCAACCCACCUCUACCCCCAUCCUCCUCCACACCUGUCUUCCUGGCACUGUGUCAUCUGACAAGACGGCACCAUCUCGGGGUUCCUCAGGUCACGGCCUCCUGCACAUGCUCCAUGACGAGGUGAGCCCAUGUGUCCCUCAGAGCUUCAGGCUCCAUCCACACGCGGGUACCCAGGAUCCCCAACUGCGCCAAGCAGCUGAACGCCUUGUGGGCGCCUGCGCAGCUCUCGACUGCUUCUUUUCCUGCUGCUUCUGCCCUGCCUCUGCUUCUUCCAGCCUCCCCUCCCACGCCCUUCUCCACAUUCUACUAUAGCAUAUAGGGUCCUCCCACCUCUGGGGACAGAUGUCCCCAGGAGGAGUUAGGGGAGGACCCUCAGCUUCCACAACCUGGGGAGAUGCCAUUCUCUCCCUUCCCUGUGCUUGUCACUUGGAGGGACACGUGGAUGAGACAGGGAAAGAAUGAGGAGUGUGGAGGCCUGAGGUGACUUGGAGCCAGCCACUCAACCUAAGUCUUGAUCUCUUCAUCUGUCAGUGAAGGGGUACUUCCCAUCAGGAGGCUCAUCUCUAGCUCUCAGAGGCUGCAAGUCUGUGUGGUUGUUUCUGUGUAAGCGACUGACAGCUUGUGUCCCCAGUGGGAAGAGGGCAUGUGUGCCAGCCCUCCCGUCCCUCUAUGCAAACCCUGUCACAACAGCCCCUUCCAUUCUUCCCCCCUUUCCCGGUAGUCCCCCACCCAGUGUGCAGGUGCGCCGGGGGCUCUGAGCAUCUCUGCGGCACCUCCCCCGGGGCGCCUCCAGCCUCCAAAGCCGAAACUUUCCCCGCGCGGGUGCAGGCCACACCCCCUCCCCCCAAGGCCUGGCGGAGAAGCUGGACCCGGUGACUGAUCAUUAACCCCAUCUCUGCUGCACCAGCGGCGCUGCGGACAGCUCCCCCACUUUGUCACUGGGGAACCCAGAGAGGCCUGGGACGGUGAGGCCGGAAGAUUGAGCAUCGCAGACCGCCGGGCUCCCGGGGGCCUGCGCCGAGGCUGGGUGAUGGCAGGGAGAGGGCACCGUGUGCAGACUUGGGUGUUCCAGCAAACUGCUGGCUCCCUCAGCUUCAGAGGUGUGUGUGUGUGGAGGGGUCCCCCUUUCAAGCUUCCUCUGUGAGAGCCUGACCUGAGCCCCCUCCGCCACCGUCACCCCCCCCCCCCCGCCCCCGGCUGCAGGUCGCAGGGGGUCGCCUUGGCCCCUCCCCGGCCAGUCGCCCCUGCCCGGGCGGGCCAGGAAGCUUCGGUCCCCGCCCCGCUCGGUUAGGCCCGUGGCUGGGGGACUUUGGAGCCGAGGAGGAAGCGCGGCGGGGCGGGGAGGUGGGGGUGUGUCGGAAGGCGGCGGCGGGGUUUUAUAAUCCGCAGGGCGGGAGCGGCGCGGGAGAAGGGGCUGCGCCGCGCCGUACACCGCGUACCGCGCCAUGGGGGCCGCGUCGGGCCGUCCUCGGCGGGGGCCGCUGCCGCUGCUGCUGCUGCUGCUGCCGCCGCUGCCGCUGCUGCUGCCGCCGCCGCCCGCCGCCCUGGCGCUCGACCCCGAGCUGCAUCCCGGAAACUUUUCCGCCGACGAGGCCGGGGCGCAGCUCUUCGUGAAGAGCUUCAACUCGAGCGCCGAGCUGGUGAUGUACCAGAGCACGGUCGCCAGCUGGGAGUACGACACCAACAUCACCGAGGAGAACGCGCGGCUCCAGGAGGAAGCAGCCCUGCUCAACCAGGAGUUUGCUGAGAUCUGGGGCCAGAAGGCUAAGGACCUGUAUGACCCAAUCUGGCAGAACUUCAGUGACCCGAUCCUGCGAAGGGUCAUCAGUGGUGUGCGCACCCUGGGCCCUGCCAACCUGCCUGUGGCAAAGCGGCAGCAGUACAACUCUCUGCUAAGCAACAUGAACAGGAUCUAUUCCACGGCCAAGGUCUGCUACUAUCCCAACAAGACUGCCAUCUGCUGGUCCCUGGACCCAGAGCUCACCCACAUCAUGGCUAUAUCAAGAAGCUACUCCGUGCUGCUCUAUGCCUGGGAGGGCUGGCACAAUGCUGUGGGCAUCCCGCUGAAACCCCUGUACCAGAACUUCACUGCCCUCAGCAAUGAGGCCUACAAGCAGGAUGGCUUCUCAGACACGGGGGCCUACUGGCGCUCCUGGUAUGACUCACCCACCUUCGUGGAGGAUCUGGAACACCUCUACCAUCAAGUAGAGCCCCUCUACCUGAACCUCCAUGCCUAUGUCCGCCGUGCGCUGCACCGCCGAUAUGGGGACAGAUACAUCAACCUCAGGGGACCCAUCCCUGCUCACCUGCUGGGGGACAUGUGGGCCCAGAGCUGGGACAACCUCUAUGAUAUGGUGGUGCCUUUUCCUAACAAGCCCAGUCUCGACGUGACCAGCACUAUGGUGAAGAAGGGCUGGAACAUUACGCACAUGUUCCGAGUGGCAGAGGAAUUCUUCACCUCCCUGGGGCUCUUGCCCAUGCCUCCUGAGUUUUGGACAAGGUCCAUGCUGGAGAAACCAACCGACGGGCGUCAGGUGGUGUGCCACGCCUCUGCCUGGGACUUCUACAACAGGAAAGACUUCAGGAUCAAGCAGUGCACGCGGGUCACUAUGGACCAGCUGUCCACGGUGCACCACGAGAUGGGCCACGUGCAGUACUAUCUGCAGUACAAGGACCAGCCUGUCUCCCUGCGCCAAGGGGCCAACCCUGGCUUCCACGAGGCCAUCGGGGAUGUGCUGGCGCUCUCCGUCUCCACUCCUGAACAUCUGUACAAAAUUGGCCUGCUGGACAAUGUCAGCAAUGACAUGGAAAGUGACAUCAAUUACUUGUUAAAGAUGGCACUGGAAAAAAUUGCCUUCCUGCCCUUUGGCUACUUGGUGGACCAGUGGCGCUGGGGGGUCUUUAGUGGACGAACCCCCCCUUCCCGCUACAACUUUGACUGGUGGUAUCUUCGAACCAAGUAUCAGGGAAUCUGUGCUCCAAUUGCCCGAAAUGAAACGCACUUUGAUGCCGGAGCUAAGUUUCAUGUCCCAAAUGUAACACCGUACAUCAGGUACUUUGUGAGUUUUGUGCUGCAAUUCCAGUUCCAUCAAGCCCUGUGCAAGGAGGCGGGUCACCAAGGCCCACUGCACAAGUGCGACAUCUACCAGUCCACCCAGGCGGGGGCCAAGCUCAGGGAGGCGCUGCGGUCAGGCUCUUCACGGCCAUGGCAGGAGGUGCUAAAGGAGGCGAUUGGCUCAGAUACACUGGAUGCUCAACCUCUGCUCAACUACUUCCAGCCGGUCAGCCGGUGGCUGCAGGAGCAGAAUCAGCGCAACGGCGAAGUGCUGGGGUGGCCGGAAUACCAGUGGCGGCCACCAGUACCCCACAAUUACCCACAGGACAUUGGCCUGGUGACCGAUGAGGUGGAGGCUAGAAAGUUUGUGGAGGAAUAUGACCGAAGAUCCCAGGUGAUAUGGAAUGAGUAUGCUGAGGCUAACUGGAACUAUAACACCAACAUCACCACAGAGGCCAGCAAGAUCCUGCUACAGAAGAACAUACAGAUGGCAAACCACACCUUGAAGUUUGGCACCUGGGCCAGGCAGUUUGAUAUGACCAGCUUCCAGAAUGACAGCAUUAAGCGGAUGAUGAAGAAGAUUCAGGACCUAGAGCGGGCAGCACUGCCUGCCAAGGAGCUGGAGGAGUAUAACCAGAUCCUGCUGGACAUGGAAACCACUUACAGCGUGGCCUCUGUGUGCCACGCCAAUGGCACUUGUCUGCAGCUGGAGCCUGAUCUGACGAAUCUGAUGGCCACGUCCCGGAAAUAUGAAGAUCUGUUGUGGGCCUGGAAGAGCUGGCGAGACAAGGUGGGGAGAGCAAUCCUCCCCUUUUUCCCCAAAUAUGUGGAACUUGCCAACAAGGCCGCCAAGCUCAAUGGCUACGAAGAUGCAGGUGACUCCUGGAGAGCCAUGUACGAGAUGCCAACCCUGGAACACGACCUGGAGCAGCUCUACCAGGAGCUGCAGCCGCUCUACCUGAACCUGCACGCCUACGUGCGCCGGGCCCUGCACCGCCACUACGGGCCCCAACACAUCAACCUGGAGGGCCCCAUUCCAGCUCACCUGCUGGGGAACAUGUGGGCUCAGACCUGGUCCAACAUCUAUGACUUGGUGGUGCCUUUCCCUUCAGCCCCCAAGAUAGAUGCCACAGAGGCCAUGAUAAAGCAGGGCUGGACACCCAGAAGGAUGUUUCAGGAAGCGGACAAUUUCUUCACCUCCCUGGGGCUGUUGCCUGUGCCCUUUGAGUUCUGGAACAAGUCAAUGCUAGAAAAGCCGACUGACGGGCGGGAAGUAGUGUGCCACGCCUCUGCCUGGGACUUCUACAAUGGCAAGGACUUCAGGAUCAAGCAGUGCACCACUGUGAACAUGGAGGACCUGGUGGUGGCCCAUCAUGAAAUGGGCCACAUACAGUAUUUCAUGCAGUACAAGGACUUGCCUGUGACCUUCCGGGAGGGUGCCAACCCUGGCUUUCACGAGGCCAUUGGAGAUGUGCUGGCCCUCUCAGUGUCUACCCCCAAGCACCUCCACAGUAUCAACCUGCUGAGUAGCGAGGGUGGCGGCUAUGAACAAGACAUCAAUUUUCUAAUGAAGAUGGCACUCGACAAGAUCGCCUUUGUCCCCUUCAGCUACCUCGUCGACCAGUGGCGCUGGAGGGUAUUUGAUGGAAGCAUCACCAAGGAGAACUACAACCAAGAGUGGUGGAACCUCAGGCUAAAGUACCAGGGCCUCUGCCCCCCAGUGGCCCGGGCUCAAGGGGACUUUGACCCAGGGGCCAAGUUCCACGUUCCUUCAAGUGUGCCUUAUAUCAGGUACUUUGUCGGCUUUGUCAUUCAGUUCCAGUUCCACGAGGCUCUGUGUCAGGCAGCUGGCCACAAGGGCCCCUUGCACACAUGUGACAUCUACCAGUCUAAGGAGGCAGGAAAGCGCCUGGCGGAUGCCAUGAAACUGGGCUUCAGUAAGCCAUGGCCAGAAGCCAUGAAGCUGAUCACAGGCCAGACCAACAUGUCUGCGUCCGCCAUGAUGAACUACUUCAAGCCGCUGCUGGACUGGCUUCUCACUGAAAAUGGGCGGCAUGGGGAGAAGCUGGGCUGGCCUCAGUACAACUGGACACCAAAUUCUGCUCACUCAGAAGGCCCCGUCCCGGGCAACGGCCGUGUCAACUUCCUGGGCCUGGACCUGGAGGAGCAGCAGGCCCGCGUGGGCCAGUGGGUGCUGCUCUUCCUGGGCGUAACCCUGCUGGUGGCCACCUUGGUCCUCACCCACCGGCUCUUCAGCAUCCGCCGUCACAGCCUCCACCAGCCCCACCAUGGGCCCCAGUUUGGUUCCGAGGUGGAGCUGAGGCACUCCUGAGAUGACCGGGCUGGGCUGGGCCUGCCGGGGAGCUUCUGCCACCAAGAGACCAGACUGGGGGCGUGGGGGCGUGGGCAGAGGACCCACCACUCCUCUCAAGGCUCACCUCAGCCAGCCCCCCUCCUCCCACCCUGUUCCCCCACUACCAUGUCUAGAGUCCCGUACUGACCAUCUGCCCUCCAGACCGCAAACUCCCACGGACCCUGCCCCCAAGUCCCUGGGCAGCAGGCCGCCUAACAUGGAGCCCCCUCCCAGUCUCUCUGUGAAUACAAUUAAAGGACCUGCCUCCCCCA